AUGCUCUUCUUAAGGCAUUUCAGCAUCUGUUUCUUAUUUUAUUCUGUUCGGGCUGAAUUGGGAGUUCCGGAGUUGAGAGUUGUACCAAAUGGAGCCGAUAUCAUGUCUGUACCCCGUGGACCUCACGUACCCAUUGGUCAAUACACCGUCGGCAGAACCUACACUUUCGAAGUUUUCCUUGAUGAAACAACUCAACAUGACUACGUGAUAAACAGCUGCUUCAUGAAUAAUGAUCAGAUCAUUGGUCCUAACGGGUGCGUGGAUUGUGGGACCUGUAUCAGCAAAUCCGUGGAAACCGAGUCGUACAACAAACCCGGUGCUAUCAAAAGAACUCUGGUAGAAUUCGUUGCCAGAUCAUCCACCAUUCAAUUCACUUGUCACAUUACAAGAUACUUAUGCUCUGGGUGUGCCGAGCGCUCCUGCCAACGGUACAAUAUGAUUCCUUGGAGUCAUUUUCAAGUCAUUGGCCAGAAAGAGGAAGCCUACAUGUACCCUCCAAGUGGAUACCCGAUUGGACCAAUGGGAGCAUUCCCUAUUCCUAUUCCUCCUAACAUCUAUCCAACUCCUCCUAUGGGUGGAUUCCAUAUGCCUCCUCAAGCUCCUCCACAAAUGCCACCUCCGGUCGGACCACCAGGUCCCCCGGCUGCAUAUGGCGGAGGUGCUGGAGUGUGGCCAUGGUGGGUAUGGCUCCUAAUCAUUCUCCUUCUACUCCUCCUUCUUUGCUGUCUUUUGGCACUUUGUUUUGCUGCUUUCAUGAAGAGAAGAAAGGAAAAGAAGACAACUGAGGUUGUUGUCGUUGAUGGCAAGGAUUGUGCAGUUGGAACGGAUCAUGUUACGAUGACAUGCGUCGGAACUGAUACCCAGGAUAUUGUGAAAGUGCAACCAGCAGUUGUCCUUGGAGCCGACAGUCUGGAACAACAUCACCACCAUCAACUACAUCAACAAAACCAAUACUCCCGAAAUCAAGCGGAGUACGACCAAGGAUCUGUGAUGGCCGGAGGAUCUUAUUCUCUGAGAGAAGGAGUGGUCCACGAGGGAUACACACGCACUCUUCCAAGAGAAGUCUACGCUGCUAAUGAUCGUUAUGCCAGUCGCGACCGCUCAUUCGAACGUCACAGCCAAGACAAGUACACCGAUCGCUCGAGCUACCGUAACUUUGCCUAUGAGAGAGAUAUGGGAAAAGUGGAGCCAAUGGAUGGAUUUGAUGAGGUCGAGACACGUGAACGCACGUAUUGCUUGAGCGAUGAUGAUCAGGAACUUGUCGAGAAGAAUAUCAAGAGAACUCAUACUACCAGAUACGUCACUGAAACCAGAGAGUACGAGCCAGAGCAUGACAACGAGGAAAGAAUGAGAGGAGACGAGUAUCACCAUGCCAGCUACACCCACAGCCUUCCGGUAUAA